AUGGCGGCACUGCGUGCAUUCGCAAGGAAAAGCUGGCACCAGCAGACAUCGCGCAGCAGCGAUACGCCUCCAUUCUCACGCAUAUACCCAACAAAAUCGACCCCUUCCAAGGAAUACUUGUCAAAAACUCAUGAUCAAUCGCACAACAACAGAACGCACGCGCAAUUGGAAGACAAGGCCUUUCGCUGCUUAUUGCGCGGAUAUUCUGGCAGUUCCAGGGCAUACCGUAGCAACACUGUCCAGGGAGUGUCUUCGCCAGAGACUCGCCCUCCCAAAUUGCCCACUCGGUCAAAGAUGGCAGGUGCGCCAACUGAGAGAAACUCGUCACUAGAUGCCAAGGGUGAGGUAUUCUGUGCAAAAGGUGCUGGAAGAACAUGUAUUUACCCAAGCAAACCAAUCGAGAAACAGGCGGUAUCGUCUUCCGACGGUCAACUGAAGGGCAAGUACCAUAAAGAGUGCUUUAAUUGCCACACCUGCCAUAAACCCUUCCCUGAUAAGACGUUCUACGUCUACGAUGGGAAGCCUUUGUGUGCCUAUCACUAUCACGAAGCCAAUGACUCACUCUGUGCUGCGGCACGGUGUGGGCAGCCUAUUGAAGGUCCUUGUGCCGUCUCACACACUGGCGACAGAUAUCACCCUGAGCAUAUGACAUGCGAAUACCCUGGAUACCCGGAAUGCACGGAAACACUGAGUGAGUAUUGGAAGGUGGAUGGUCAGAUGUUGUGUGAACGGCAUGCACAUAGCGGUAAAUCAGGUAGCGAUGACGAGGGAGAAGAACAGUGGGUACAGAGCUCAAGGGCGAUGAAGCGCGUCACAUGGUUCAUUAAUCUUACAGGUGGUGGUGCGUUGGGUAGCGCUGGGGCAGGUGCUGCUCCAGUUGGCCUUUUCUCCCUCUUGCUGGCUCUCCAGUCUCUAUCUCUUCCCCUUUUCCUCUUUUUUUAUUAUAUCGGUAUCAAUUAUCAAUCUUGCCCUUCCUUCUUUUCGUUCUAUUCCUCUCUUCGACACUCGAUUUUUUAUCCGUGGACUUGA